AUGGACAAUCAACACAAUUCUGAACGCAGAAGAGAUUCACGUUCCAGAUCCCCUGGCAGAAAUCAACAGGUUUCCUAUCGCUCCCGAUCACCACUUAGAAAUCAUCGCGGGGCCAUGACUAGGAGCUCGCGCCCAAAGACCGAAUCUCGCCUCUUGAACCUACCAAAAGAGUUACGGGAUAUGAUUGUCGGACAUCUUUUUGACUCAACUCGUCUUACAUUCGGACAUAGACAAGUCAGUUCUGAAUAUCGUAAGGUUUUACCAGCACGCAACGCACUCGCUAUCCUCCGCGUUUGCAAACAGAUGUACCAAGAGACUAGCAACAUUUGGAUCAGCCGGGUCCUCUUCGACUUUGAGGAUACUUUUCCACUGUUGGACAAAUUCUCCCUUCUACCAAUCUCUACCAUCAGCCGAAUCCGUAAUGUUCGCAUUCGCAUGAAGGGUGAGGAGCCUGAAGCCCCUGAGACCGUCGAGGGCGAAGAACAAUUGUACGGACUGCAGGUCUUGCAAGGACUGCAACUUGACAGACUCACAGUUGUACCAGGUUGGGGCCACUCAUUCACCGGUUGUGCAGACAUCGCUCGAUUUAUAACCACAAGUUUCCCUUGCAAGGAGCUCUGCUACCACACUCCCACAUCAUGUUUCCAUGAGAACGAUAAAUCAACUUCGGCGGACGCAACGGAUUUCCUCACUCAUCGGAUCAACGCUAUGGCUGAUCAAAUCCUGGACAGAGAUCGAUAUGGGACACCACUUACUAUCCAAAUUCUUCAGUCACCCGAGCCCAGUAGCCAGCGUACCGGUGAAGUCUUCAAACAUUCUGCAAUUCGAGUUUUAGAAGAAACCUCAGUUUCAAAAGAUAUCGAUCCGGCUAAGAUGAUUGCAUGCGGCAAGGCGUUAAAUCCGAAUGCCGAGACACUGGUCAUCUUCAAGCCUGCCACGACUUCUUCUACUAGUCCAGAUGAAGCUCUCCAGGGACUCUUCAAGACCUUUGCCGACAUUCAAGUUAGGAAGACCUGGAGAGAUGACUAUAGGGAUCACUAUACUCGCGAGGUCGAAGAAAAUAAACCGGAUAUGGGAAACAUCACCACUGGUGAACUCUAUCCAUGGCCUUUUGAAAUGCGAAAGACUCAUACCAUCAUUGAUAGCUAUGAAAAUGUUAAUGAUGUUAUCUGGCCUGGGAAGAACGUUGACCAGGCGUGGCCGGGUGCAAAUAUCUAA